AUGCCUUCCUACACGCUUGAACAGGUCAAGGCCCACUGCACACCGGAUGAUAUCUGGAUAAUCCUGCACAACAAGGUCUACGAGGUGACCAAGUAUCUCGAAGACCACCCUGGUGGAAGCGCCGUCCUUAUUGAAGUUGCCGGGGCUGAUGCCACGGAAGCUUUUGAGGAGAUCGGCCACUCUGAUGAGGCGCGCGAGCAGCUCGAGCCGUAUUAUAUUGGUGAUUUGCCAGAUCAGGAACAAGCCGAGUCCGUCGAGAUCUAUCGACCGACCUUCGAGCAAGUCUCACAGUCUGCCGUCAUCAACACCAAGAAGACGAGCAAGUCCUUCUCGUCGCUUCUUAGUGUGCUAGUCAAGCUCGGCCUUACAGGUGCAGUAGGUGCUGCCACAAUUGCGGUCUUUCAGAAAAACUGGACGCCCCGUCAGCUAUUGCAUGCUCUCCCUGCGCUGACCACUCCAAUCCCGCUCCCUCGGAUAUCAGGCAGCGGGGGAUCCCAGUUCUGGUCUGGUGUUGGGAUUGCCACCAUCACGCAGCUGUCUCUAUCCUUUGGUCUGGGCGUCUGGGUGUCGACCAAGCUCGACGUGCAGCAAGAGUUUACGCACUACCCACCUCGACGACCAGCGUCAAGCGCACGGCUCAUCCGCCUCCCUUCCACUACACGUGCGCUGGCACCGCGCAGCCCGGUCCUUGAUCCGCGCCAAUGGCGCAGCUUCCCUCUCACUAGCAAGAAAGAAGUCGCCCCAAACGUGUACAGGCUUGUAUUUGCCCUCCCCAAGGCGGACGACAUCCUCGGACUCCCAACAGGGCAGCAUGUUGCCCUCCGCGCAACCGUCGAUGGAAAGACCGUCCAGCGCAGUUACACGCCCAUCUCGAACAACACCGACCGCGGCCACAUUGAGCUUCUGAUAAAGGUUUACCCAAAGGGCCUCUUGACCAACCACCUAGCGCAGAUGGAGGUCGGAGAGACGAUCGAAAUGCGCGGGCCCAAGGGCGCCAUGAAGUACUCUGCUCAAUACGCCUACCGGAUCGGCAUGAUUGCCGGCGGAACAGGAAUCACACCCAUGUACCAGCUUAUCCGGGCAAUCUGCGAAGAUGAGUCCGACAAUACACAAGUCAGUCUGCUGUACGCCAACAACGGCGAGGCUGAUAUUCUCCUCCGUGAGGAGCUGGAAAGCUUUGCGGGGCGUUUCCCACACAAGUUCAAGAUGGAAGGGUUCGUGAAUGGGGAAAUGAUCGCGAAGCAUAUUGGGUCGCCGGCGGAUGAUGCAAAGGUAUUGCUCUGUGGACCACCGCCAAUGGUCGAGGCUAUGAAGAAGACGCUGGCCGGCAUGGGCUGGGACAUGCCAGGGGCAAUUGCAAACGGGACAGAUCAAUGA